GUUAAUGUUUUCCACGCAGACAGUCGACUGAGCCGCUCAACGAAACAGGGGGUCACGUUGGGCAGCUGGUCAAUAUUUGAAAAGAAAAGGGAAUUUCAGUAGCUAAAUGUCAUACGCGGAAUAUUUCGUGACUAGUGCCUCUACAAUUGGUCGAUAAUGCGGCCUCUGCGUAAAGAGACACAACACACUAGAAAAGAAACAAGACUAGUCGUCUCUUAAUGUGGGACGCCCUAUGUGUUCGAACGAAGCAGACCACGCUGUUCGGUCGCAUCUUACAGUUUCCGUCACUGUUGCAGUUCUUAUCGCCACCUCGUUGAUUAUUUAGCUGGCCGUUGUUGGCGAAACACCACUCUCCCUUCAUCUCGGCCAUUUCGGAAAACAUGGCCGAUUACUCAGUGAAACUUUUUUGAGGACAGAAAGAAGCCUGUGUACCCUUUGUGUGUGUGUGUGUGUUUGCUCAUUCCAAAGUUGGAGUUUGAGUGCCGUUGGACUCUUCCCCCCUAAGUUUGACAAGUUCGUUGACCUACGUGCUGUAUAUGUGGCGUUUGUCUUUCACUCUCUCUUUACCGUUGCAGCUCAUGAACCGACGUACUUAAAAUAAAAUUUCGAGUGAAAACUGUGAAAUCGAAAGAGUGCAACAGCGUGUGUGUGUACGUCCUCAGUUUCGGGGUCCAGCCGAAACGGCUCAGGGUUUGACCUCAAUUUCGGCGUUCUUUCUGAGUUGGCUUUGCUGCUGGCACAGAAUAUCCUUUAAAAAAAAAACCAGUCGAGCCGGCUUUUAUAGUUGUUCAGCCAUUUCAACUCGGGGGAAAUAUAAAAAGACCUGGUGUCAAGUUGGUUCGUGCUCUCGAACGAUGGAGAACGGCAAUGGAGUAGACAGCUGUGACAAAGCUGAAGUGAAUCUGGAUAAAAAGCCUGAAACUGCUGCUGCUGUUGUUAUCAUGGCAUUGGAAGAUGAAAAGUUGCCACCGUCGGGUUUAGCUACAGACGAUGGCGUGUCGGAAGACAAACUUAAAACGUGUAAUACCGUUGACAACAACAAAGAUUCGCCAAGUCAAAAUGCUGAAGUGCCAGAAAUCAUAAAAGCAGAAGAAAAUGUAGAAUCGAAAGAAAAGUCUAGUGAAGAAACAGCCAAAGAAGAAGAAGUGAAAGAAAACGGAGAGGUUGUAGUAGACAUUGUUCCGACAAUUAAGGUGGAGCCUGAGCAAGUUGAAACGGUAGAAGAAAAACCGUUAUCACCGCCCCCGGAGAAGAUGGAUGAUGCGGAGGCGUCUGCUGAAGUGAAAAAGGCCAAGGAGGCGUCGGUGGAUGAGGCCAAAGAAUCUACAAUGGAUGAAGUUGAGGAAGACGAAGAAGAAAUUCCAGGAGACAAUGACAAGAAAAACUCCAACGCCGAAAUGGAAAUGGAGGAUCAACAGUCGUCGACUUCAUCCUCUCCAUCGGCCUUGCACAUCCAUUUGGAUGAGGAGGACAAGGACGAGUCCUUGAAUGACAAGGACAAGGAAACUGCAGACCCUUCACUACCUCUGAUUAGCAAUGUGGUCAGUCUGUCGUCGAUCGCGUCAUCGUCGUCAUCGCUGACGCCUCCACCUCCUACGCGUUCCGUCCAGUCACCGUCUACUCAACCUCCUUCGCCCACGCCUUCGGCCGAAUCUGGAAACAGCAGCGUCCGUCGUACCACACUCCGUUUUAAACGAGGCAUCGAAAUUAGUUUCGACGUAGAUCAAAACGGCCAGCCGGUUAGCGUCAAUAAUCACGAAGCCAAUAAUCCCAUGCCAUCGGCUUCGUCAGGAGAACCCCGACAGAAACGUGGGCGCAUGGAGGAAGAGGACGAGGAGGAUGCCAGUCAGCCGGAUAUAUCAGAACUGGAUGCCGAAGGGACGAGUAAUGUUCUGUCGUCUGUCCAAAAAGAUAUCCGCACUCUGCGUUUCAUGGCCAAACAAAAAGAAAAAGAAUGGAACUACAUUCUAAAAUUGAUGAAGGUUAAGGAGGAAUUGCAAGCCAAAUUGAUGCGACGAAGGGAAGUGUUGAAGAUUACCUCAUCCAGCAUCAGAAAAAAUGUACCCAACUCCAACCAAACUCACACUGUGGCUCAGGCCCAUGUUCAACACCAUCAACAACAACAACAACAACAGUCGGGUGCAUCCAACCUACAAAGUUUCAUUAAUCAUUCACUGAACACCAUGAUGGGCAAAUCAUCCGGCUUGUCAAAAAGCAUCAUGUCCAACAGCCCCGUAAUGAAUCAUCAGCAGUCGCAACAACUUAUCCAACAACAGCAACAGUUGCAGCACCAGCAUCAACUUCAACAACAUCAGCUACAUCAACAUCAGCUCCAGCAGCAAGCCAAAAUGAACCGCCAACGACCAAUUCUACCCAAACCUAGCCUGCAAAUCCAUCCGGAAGUUCAGAUGUGGACCCAGCAACAGCAGCAGCAACAACAACACAACCAUCACCAUCACCACCAUCAUCAUAGCAACAAUAACAACAAUAGCUCGAAUAACCAUCACCACCACAACACUGUAGUGGAUUCAGUCGUUGGAGCCUGUGCAGAUUCACAGGCGGAUGCCCGGAAUCGUCAAGGCACUAUUAGCGUUCAGUCGCUAAUUGCCGACUAUCGAGCCAAACAUCCCGAAGAAAUACCGACACGUGGAAGACGAAUCCGACAGCCAUCUAGGAUUUGCAAUGAUCCCAAUUCGUCCAGCAGUCCACCUCCAAAUUCCCAACCUGGUGGGCAGGAAGGAGCCAAUAUGAGCUUCAAGGACGUACUGCUCCAGUUCGCCAAAAUGAGCAGCCGUCAAGGCCACCCGAAUCCGGUGGAUAUGAUCCAAGUGGGAAAGGAGUCGCCGGGGACUUCUGGGAAUAGCGCCAUGGCGGGAAGCAGCAGCAGCGGCGGUGGUGGUGGUGGUAGUAGUAGCAGUGCGGCGGCUCUUCAGAGUCUGGCCGCUGCCCGUAAUGCACGCAGCAGCCCACACACGGCCGGUUUAUCGGCUGGUUCUAUUCUACAGAGCGCUCUCAGCGGCGGACGAACUAACCCUAAUUUCGCUCCUACUUUGGCCCAACUGCUUACCAACCCCGCCAAUGAGCAGCAGCAGCAACAACAGCAACAACAACAACAUCCACAUCAGUCACCUUUGAGUAGCAGCCAUCAGCCAGCAAUUUCUAUUCCAGUCGCAACAGCCUCAUCAUCCUCAUCUUCGGCGGCCGUUGCGGCUGCGGCGGCGGCAGCAGCAGCCGCAGCUUCUGCAGCCUCUUCUGCCGAAGUCUUGACUCUCUCCAACCUCUUAGCUACAGCCAGGGGUCACGUAACUAUCACGUCUGAACGUGCUGAGCUCGCCAACGACGACGUCACUGUAGUGGGCGGAUCAACUUCCGGCGGCCGGAACGUGUCGUCCAACAACGGCAACUACUUGCGAACCAGUGGUGGAAGCGAAGUGCCAAAGUGUCAAGGCUGCAACGAACGGGUGGCGCAAUUUGUGUGUGCCGGAUGUUCCAGCCAAUGGUAUUGCAGUCGAGAAUGUCAGGUGGCCGCCUGGGAGGAACAUUCUGAGCAUUGCGUAGGUUGAAAAUUGAAAAUCCAGCAAAAUAAAAAUGCAGCAAAGUAUAAAGAAAAAAGAAAAUUGAAUUCCAUCCACGCCAGGGUGAGGACUGAGAGGAAGAAAAGAAAAGGACGAAAAAGAAAAUUAUAUUUUUUGAAUGAAAUGGAAAAAAUUAAGAAUCGAGAGUGUGUUAGUGCAAACGCUGUUGAGUCGACCAUCUUCAGUUUACAGGUUGUUUUUUUUUUUUUGUUCAGAUGAAAACGAAUGGUAUCUACAUAUCCACUUCUUUUUAAUAACAAGUAUCGAUUGGUAUGCUAAAUUGUGUUGCGUAAAUUACGUCAAGCGUAAUGUUCAGUUUUCUAUGUUCUGCCAUUUGUUUUUUCUGUUGAAAAGAAUGACGGUGGUUUUGUUGGAAUUAUAAGGAGAAAGAGGUAGGAGAGAAAGAGACAUUUGUUUCGGCUAGUCACUAUACUAAACAAAAAAAAUUUAUCGUCUCUUCUGUUUUAAACCCUUUAUUCCCCUAUAAUGUUUCAUAUCAUCACGCAUUUCCCUCUCCCCCAUCCCAGUCUUCAAAUUCCACCCUACCACUUCCUUUAUUUCGAAAGAAAUCCCCGGUUUGAUAAAGAAUAAUCUUGAUCCCAUUUUUUCUUUCAUUCUGUUUCAUGUGUGUGUUAUGUUUCCCGGCUUUUCAAAUUAGGCCGACUUCAUGACGAUUUCAUUAUUAUUUUUUUUUUAAUUAUUUUUUUUUUGUUUUAAGAGAGAGUUAAAACCAUUUCCAGCAUUAUGGAAUAAAUCGAUUCUGUUCUUUA